AUGAUCUAUGAUCAGUACAAGUUAUAUGAGAAUAAAUAUUGCUUUAUAAUAAUUAAAUCUAAUCAAUCUGAUAAUUAUAAUAAACUUAUUAAAAUAUCGAAAUCUUUAGAUUUGCAGGUAGAAUUCGAUGAUAACGUAUACAAUAAUAAAGAUAUAAACCAAUUAUUGAAGUUGAUAGAGAUUGAUAAUGGUAGCUUAUCUAAAGUUACAACUUUUUAUGGUUUAGUUGGCUUUAUCAAGUUCACUAAAUAUCCGUACAUGAUCAUCAUAACUAAGAGAUCGCCAGUUGGAUUGUUAGGAGGUCACUAUAUUUAUCACAUUGAUGACGUUUUAUUUAUUAGCUUAUCCCCGAAGAAACUCUACUUGAAUGACGCUACUGAAUCUAAACUGUUAAACACUUUCAAGCAGGUCGAUUUGAGCAAGAAUUUUUACUUCAGCUACUCUUACGACCUCACUAGUAGUCUAUACAACAACCUAAAUCAAAUUAAAACCAACAAUAAUCGAUACAUUUGGAAUCAUAACUUAAUCAAAGACUAUUACUCUCAAUGUAUACCAAUCAUCCAUGGCUUUGUAGAUCAAUCAAAGUUACUAGUAUAUGGUAGAGUAAUACAUGUUACCCUAAUAGCUAGAAGAUCUCGUCACUUCGCUGGACCUCGUUAUCUAAAAAGAGGUAUAAACAUCCAAGGAAACGUCGCGAAUGAAGUUGAAUCUGAACAGAUAGUUUCUGAUAGUUUGACAACUCCAUUUAAAUCAAAACAUGCUUAUAAUGGUAAUUUAAAUCCAAAUUUUACAUCAUUCUUGCAAUAUAGAGGAUCAAUACCUCUUUUUUGGAGUCAAGACCCACAAAUGGGCAUAAAACCUAUGAUUAAUGUAGCACCAAAUGAUCCCUAUUAUAGGCAAGCUGCUUUACAUUUUAAAAAUCUUUUCAGAAGAUACAAUACCCCGAUUUACAUUUUGAAUCUAGUUAAAUCACGCGAACGUAUACCAAGAGAAUCUAAACUACUGGAUAGUUAUGAUGAAUGCGUUAAUCAAUUGAACCAAUUCUUGGAUGGUCGUAAUAAAUUGAGAUUGACUUCUUGGGAUAUGUCUAGAGCAUCUAAAACUAAUCAAGAUGUCAUUGGAUUUUUAGAAAAGUUUGCUAAUGAUGCUAUACUUGAAACGAACUUUUUUCAUACGAAAUAUAAUAAAGCACAAAAUGGUAUUAUAAGAACUAAUUGCGUUGAUUGUUUAGAUCGUACGAAUGCUGCCCAAUUCGUUAUCGGUAAGGUAGCUUUUGGUUAUCAAUUACAUGCUCUUGGUAUCAUCGAUAAGCCAAUGCUUGAUCAUGACACAGAUGCUGUUAAUAUGUUGACGGAAAUGUAUCACGAUCAUGGUGAUACUAUUGCGCUUCAAUAUGGUGGUAGUGCGCUUGUCAACCGCGUUGAAACUUACCGUAAAAUAAACCAUUGGAAUAGUCAUUCACGAGAUGUAGUGGAGAAUAUUAAGCGAUAUUACGCGAAUUCACUCUUGGAUGCAGAUAAACAAGCUGCUAUCGACUUAUUUCUCGGUCAAUCGCCUCCUUCGUCAAUGGAGUCAUUAAGUGAUAUACCAAUACCAACAGAUAGCUUUUUCAAACUUGAUAAUGACGAAAUAAAAGUAGAAGAAAGUACAGAACAAGUUGAAUCCAAUCUAUACCAUGACUAUUGGAAGUACUUUUAUAGACCAACUUUGUUUACUUCUUUAGAGAGGCACUUUUCAACUAAUAUGAACAGCACUUUAAAAUACCUCCCUCGUAAUCUAAAGAAUCGAAAAAAUAUGUCACCUUUUCAUACGAUUAAGACAUCACCUAACACGCCAACUAGACCUUUCGCUCCUGUCAGACGUUGGAUGAGUUUACAAAGUAUACCUUCAACUAGAAGAAAUAGCUCAAUCGGUACAAUAUCUGAGGUUGAUUCAGUUGAUAAUAACUCCGAAAAAGAUUAUGAAUCUACCGCACUUGACGUUGAGGAAAUGAUUAGAGAGCGCAUGCAAGAUCUCGGCUUUGAUCAACAGGAUAUUAUUAGUGCUGUGGAUCGUACUAUUGAUCCAGAAGUGAAUGAAGAAGAUAUCUUCAAGUAUGAAGAGUAA